UGUGAAGUGUACACACUACUUACAGUAUAGUACGCUGCAUUUUGUUUUAGACAUUUUACCAGUCAGACGUGUUAAGACAUGUAAACGUUCUUCUAGUAUACUUUUAUUGUUCGACUGCCGUCCUCUUUUGGAGGCGUUUAUGUCGAAAAACGGGAAAGUCGAGCAUACGAAGCCACCCUGCGCGGUUUAGUCGUGUUAUCUGUCACCAGGAUGGACGUGUCUCCUGGAUAGAAAACAGCCAUGACUUGUUGGACUUCUUGUUUGUCUGUCCUGGUGGGGACUUUGUUGUUGUUGCACCAGCAGGCCUACUCGGACUCUUCUGUCCUCUCCCACACAGGUGUGCGAGUGAAAAGAGGGUCCUUGAACGCCUCACUGGCUGUCACGUCUGAGAUAAACACCAACGACCAGUGUGACUAUGUGAUGAACAUCAGUGCUGCGGACCGCUGUGCAUUUGUGAAGAACACAUCAGACUGUAAACUGGGAGAUGGCUUCAUCAACUAUCUACAAGCAGUCUUCUGUUUGCUUCCACCUGACCUCUCACCCCUCAUGGUCACGCUUUGUGUUAUAUGGCUGCUCUUUUUGUUCUUCAUCCUUGGCCUCACGGCGUCUAAGUUUUUCUGUCCCAACCUGUCGGCCAUCUCCACCAGUCUGCACCUCACUCACAACGUCGCUGGCGUGACCUUUCUGGCUCUUGGUAACGGAGCUCCAGACAUCUUCAGUGCCAUAGCAGCCUUCUCCCGCCCUCACACUGCUGGACUGGCGGUCGGAGCGUUAUUCGGAGCUGGCAUAUUCGUCACCACCGUCGUCGCCGGCAGCGUGGCGCUCGUCAAACCUUUCGCUGUGGCCUCCCGUCCUUUUCUGCGUGACGUCAUCUUCUACAUGGUGGCCGUGUUCUGGACUUAUGUCAUCCUGUUCAGAGGAACCACCACAUUUGGAGAAACACUGGGGUACCUGGGCCUCUACGUGGUGUAUGUGGUGACAGUAAUCAUCAGUGCAUACAUCUACAACCGACAAAAGCGUUUGAUUAAUGGAAGGAUCGAAGGUGUUCCACAUAUUCAAGCCGAGUUUGAGUCGUCUGACUUGUAUGACGACGACGUUCCCUGCUUGCCAGCUGGGAUGCACCAACCGGAAUAUGAGUCUGAGUACAGACCCCUUCUGCAGUACACUCAGUCUACCAGCCAGAUCUUACUGAGCUCACUCAACCCAGUGGAUAACAGGAGGUGGAGGAGGGAAUCGUGGAAGUGGAGAGUCGGCAAAAUAUUGAAGACCCCUGUGGAGGUCUUGCUGCUGCUGUGCAUUCCUGUCGUUGAUCUUGAUAAAGAGGACAAGAACUGGAGACGCCCACUCAACUGUCUUCAUUUGGUCACUGCCCCCCUCGUGUGUGUGCUCGUCUUCCAGUCUGGACUAUUUGGACAUUAUCUGAUCGAAGGGCAGUUUCCUGUGUGGCUGCUGACUUUUCUCCUGGGACUCUUCCUGUCUGCUAUUGUCUUCUGCAGCACCACCAAUGAGUGUCCCCCGAGGUACCACCCAAUCUUUUCUCUGGUGGGCUUCGUGGUGAGCGCGGUGCUGAUCAGUGCGGCGGCUUCAGAGGUGGUCAGUCUUCUGCACAUGCUGGGUGUGGUGCUGAGUCUCAGUAACACCGUGCUGGGUUUGACUCUCCUCGCUUGGGGAAACAGUAUUGGAGACUGUUUUUCAGACAUCACCAUUGCAAGACAAGGCUACCCAAGGAUGGCGAUAUCAGCCUGCUUUGGAGGCAUCAUUUUCAACAUGCUGUUUGGAGUUGGCUUGGGCUGUCUGGUGCAGAUGAUGAAAUCACACACAGACGUGCAGCUGGAACCGGAGGGAACGUUGACGUGGGUUCUGGCAGGAUCGCUGGGGUUGUCUCUGGUCUUUUCUUUCGUCGUCGUUCCACUGAGCCGCUUCCACUUGGGACGACCGUACGGCAUUGUCCUCCUCGUCUUCUACGCCGCCUUCCUGGUGGUCGCGCUGCUCACCGAGUUCGGCUCCAUCUAAGAGAGACACACUGUGACUUUCAAGCACUUAUUUUACCGCACUUGACUACUGCCAACAUGCUUGCUGGGUUUUUAUAUUCUGGAGAAAAACAGUUUUUGCUCAGGAAGGACUGAAGACUAUUGUGCCAAAAAUCUGAUACACUUUUUUUAGAUGAAUAGGGUCAGAAUCAUACCUUUUGCUGUUCACUAAAUGUAAUGUGAAGCAGUCUGUGCCUUUUUACAUAUUGUUACACUGGUUUUUAAAUAUAAUUUUUUGCAAA